GAAUUCUUCCCAAUCACCGGUAAGAAACCGUUGAUACUUUUUAAGAAAAUUUGCCCGUAGACUCCUUUUCACCACUGGGUUGCCUUGCAAAUGAAGAUAUAGGUCCACUGUAUAUACCCAUUGAAAAUAUACAUAUCAGUUCAUUCAAUUUCUUCAUUCUCUUUUUGGAAAUAGGUCCCGCGAGGCAGUCGUAGCACACGAUGAAGAUCACUGUUAUGACAGCAGACGAACGGAUCAUUUCAUUGGAUGUCGAUCCUCAAGAAAUUGUUGAAAAUGUGAAGGCUCUUCUUGAGGUUGAGACGCAAGUUCCACUGCAGCAGCAACAAUUGCUUUACCAUGGGAGGGAGGCUAGAAAUAAUGAGCGUUUGAGUUCACUUGGAGUUGUAGAAGGUGACUUAAUUAUGAUGACUUCUACAGAUAUAAGAUUCAGGACAGGAACAGAUAACUUGGGACUAAAUCCAGACGGCUCAGCUGUGAAUCCUAGAGCCCUGCAGCAGCACAUUCGAAAUGAUUCUCAUCUCUUGAGUCAGUUGCGUCAGAGCGAUCAAGAAUUCGCACAGGCUAUUCUCGGGGAUAACUUAGAUGCUUUUCAAAACAUUCUUAGAAGGCGUCAUCAAGAAAGGCUGCAGCAACAACGUAUACAACAGGAACAAUUAGCACUUCUUAAUGCAGAUCCUUUUGAUAUUGAUGCACAGCGGAAGAUUGAAGAAAUGAUUCGACAGAGGAAUGUGGAUGAAAACUGGGAGAAUGCAUUGGAGCAUAAUCCAGAAUCGUUUGCACGGGUGGUUAUGUUGUAUGUUGACAUGGAGGUCAAUGGUGUUCCUUUGAAGGCAUUUGUAGACAGUGGCGCUCAGAUGACCAUAAUAUCUAGGAGUUGUGCUGAGCGAUGUGGAUUGUUACGGCUUUUGGAUAAGCGGUAUACUGGAAUCGCUCGUGGCGUUGGUCAAUCGGCAAUUGUGGGGAGAAUACAUGUUGCACCAAUCAAGAUAGGGACAAUAUAUUACCCCUGUACAUUCACGGUGCUCGAUUCUCCUGAUUUGGAAUUUUUAUUUGGACUUGAUAUGCUUCGAAAGCAUCAGUGCGAAAUUGACUUGAAGCAAAAUGUUCUGCGUGUCGGUGGAGGGGAAGUAUCUGUACCCUUUUUGCAAGAGAAGGAUAUUCCAACCCAGUUUCUUGUUGAAGAAAAAUUUGCAAAUCAGGGAGCAUCUGCUUCAGCUGAGUUAAGCUCUGCUAAAAAAGCUGGAAGUUCAAGUACACCUGCACCUUCUACUGGUCUUUCACAAGUGAACUCUACACAGGGAUCCAAUCAAGAAUCAAAGAUCAUUAGGCUCAUGGAGCUUGGGUUUGACCGUGCAACAGUGAUUCAAGCACUAACUCUUUUUAAUGGAAAUGAAGAACAAGCUGCUGGUUACUUGUUUGGGGGCUGAUGAGAAACUCAUGUCCUUUGUGGUUAUUAAGAAUAUUAUUCAGACUUAAAAAAAUUCCACAGUUUCAUGAUUAAGUGGCGAUUUCUGUGAGGAGAUCACAUUUUAUGAUGGUGGUCUUAUUGCACACUCUAUACAUUUAUUUAUUUAUUCCAAGUGCUGUUAUCUUGACUGCCAAAUGCAUUUUUUUUGCAGCUCCAUUAAUUUAGAAAAUUAAUUUUUUUCAUCA